AGCAAGAUGAAUUCCUUCAAGUCCUGAGGGACACUUUUCCUGAUUUGCAUGCUCAGCAAAGUUUUCAGUUAUGCAGAGUCAGUGGCCAAAGACUGGUCAUUCCUCUGAACUUGAACACUAUGUGCCCCAGUGAAAUACAUCGGAAUAAUGCCUUGCGCCGGUCAAACCUGUACAUUCGGCCACAGGCUCAACCAAAUGAGGUUUCGUCGGGCACUUUCACCCAGGCCACAGGACCGCCAGUCCAGGCUCCAGCUGCUACUUUCACCCAGGCCACAGGACCGCCAGUCCAGGCUCCAGCUGCUACUUUCACCCAGGCCACAGGACCGCCAGUCCAGGCUCCAGCUGCUACUUUCACCCAGGCCACAGGACCGCCAGUCCAGGCUCCAGCUGCUACUUUCACCCAGGCCACAGGACCGCCAGUCCAGGCUCCAGCUGCUACUUUCACCCAGGCCACAGGACCGCCAGUCCAGGCUCCAGCUGCUACUUUCACCCAGGCCACAGGACCGCCAGUCCAGGCUCCAGCUGCUACUUUCACCCAGUCCACAGGACCGCCAGUCCAGGCUCCAGCUGCUACUUUCACCCAGUCCACAGGACCGCCAGUCCAGGCUCCAGCUGCUACUUUCACCCAGGCCACAGGACCGCCAGUCCAGGCUCCAGCUGCUACUUUCACCCAGUCCACAGGACCGCCAGUCCAGGCUCCAGCUGCUACUUUCACCCAGGCCACAGGACCGCCAGUCCAGGCUCCAGCUGCUACUUUCACCCAGUCCACAGGACCGCUAGUCCAUUCUACAGUCGCCACUGGUAGCCAUAAUCCUGAGGAUAUGAGGGAAGACUUCUACAUGGACUCCUCUGAAUCAGAAGUUGAAAUCCUCUCUGUUCUCCAGUCUCCAGUCAGGUGCAACAGCCCCAAUGAUGUCAAAUGUCUGGCUGACAUUUUGAAAGACUUUCAAAAUGACCAUCUAGACCUCAGUUGCAGUAUCACAGUCAUUGCGCGGGCGCAGGCGCAAAAACAUUCUUCAGAGUGCAUGUGUUGCUCUAAGCAGGAGCUAUUUUGCCUGGCAUAA